AUGCAUUUCAAAGAAUUGUUUGCAUUUAUUUCGCUUUCCUUGUUUGGUGCUUUUGGAAGAUUUUCAGAGGGGACUUGUGUCCUGCCAUGGGAUGGUACAUGGUAUGACAGCGCCUUCCCGGAUAAUAACGUGACUUUUGACCUCAGUACGCAGUCAGUGGUGGGGUGGAAGAUCCUAGCAUACAACACAGAGGGGACGAACUGGGUUUGUCAAGAGGACAGGCAAACAGACAAACAACUGUUGUUCAAAUCAACGAAAAACUUCGGAUCUUUAGGACUUCAACAUUUGUAUAUGUUUCGAUGCGUUCAAUGGAACAAAUUGUCGGACCAUGUAUAUCAAUAUUAUGUAUAUGCAGAUGAACAAAGAAACAUUGCGAAUCAGAGGUUGUAUGUUGAACCCUCUACCACCAACGUAACUAUGGACACAGCGUGUGUGACAACAAACCCACCGGCCACAAGAGAAUUCCACAUUCUAGUGGUCUCAAAUAUGACAGAUGAUACACCCAAGAAUUCCAACAGUGCUGACAAUGUACGCAGUGACUGUAGAAAGCUAGAUCGCAGAUCAAAUUAA